UCGUGAAUUUGACAGCGAAAAAUCAAUUGACACAGUGGCGGUGGCGGCCAUUUUCUUGGUAAAUUUGGUGUUCUUUGUCGUACGGAAAAAGAGUGCACUUUAGCGUGGCUAAAAAACAGGAAAGCUCUCAAAAGGUGAAGCAAAAAUUGCCAUAAAAUUGGAGUGUCCUCCAGCCCAACGACAACGAAUGGUCAGCAUCCGCCCUUAAACUCUCUUUACGGCGGGUAAAAAUUUGUUAAGAGAGACACAGGCAGAGUGAAAUUUUGGGUCGGAGUUGAGGAUGUCGCAUGAGGCAUCGAGCUACAGACGGUCUUCGGGAUCGCGAUACCGGGAGCGAGAUGAAAGCUACCGGAGGCAUCGGGAAGACAGCCGUCGGACUGAGAAAUACCAGCAUCAUGAGGAGAGGAGGGGUAGAUAUUCGUCUAGUAGACGUAGGUCCCCGUCCUACGAUGAUUACCGGGACAGGUAUUACCGAGGACGAUCUCGAUCGAGGGAGAGAUAUCGCUAUAGCGAUUCUCGUUCGAGGUCCAGGUCCAGGGAAUAUCGUCGGAGGCGGAGGGAUAGUGAAGACCGCCGAAGGAGUUAUAGUCCUGCUGAACCUCCGUCUCCGCCUAAAUUCCCCAGAAUGGGCUCGGCAGAUGAUAAGCGUUCAGACACCAGCGAAGAUGACACUAUUCAGAACUACCAGCGUCAUUCGGUGGAUUUUGGCGAGCCAUCCAGUGAUCAGGGUGGGGAAUUCAGCUCGGAAUAUCUCGAAGAUAUUGAGGCUAAUAAGGAGAAGAUCCAUCAGGCGAUGGAGGAGCGUCUGAGGCAACAUCUAGCAGCCCAGGGGAAGGUCUAUCCGCCUCCCAAACCCGAGCCUCAGCAAACAACAAUGUUUGCCAAUGAUGGUUCCUUCAUGGAGAUGUUCAAGCGAAUGCAGGAGCAACAGCAGAAAACAGAUCAGUCAACAUCGAGUGGUAGUGGUCAGCCGGAAGUGAAAAAAGCUCCAGCUCCGCUUUUUGGCAAACGCCGUGGCGGAAAGAUUCUCAAGACUGGCAUUGUGGAGAAGAAGAAGCCAGUGGAAGAGACUGUUCCGGCUCCUGGGACCACCGAUGCCUGGACACUCUAUAUGAUGGAAGUGAAAAAAUAUAAAAAUUUCUCAUGUGAUAUCGACAGCAACUCCCGACCACUCGUCAAGUAGAAACACGACGACACUUGGGCAGUUUCCAGCCAGAGAGAGAGCACAAGCCAAUAUCAAAUUCAUAAUGUCUCUAGCGAUUGUCUCAUUUCCUUUUUUUUCUUGAAUUUUUCCUCCUAGAAUGAGACUUGCCAAUAGGGCUCGUCUCCUGAUUCUUUUCUUUUUUUUUUUCUAUUGAUAACAUCUUGAAGAUUUAGAUUAAGAAAUUUUCCUCUUGAAUAAACAGAGGACACACAUACAGCCCCAGGAUAGCCUGCUGAGAAAGUUUCUGUAGUUGUUGUGUGUUUACAAAACAAAAAAAAUUAAAGCAUAAUGCCUGAACUGCAUAUUCCGGAAACAUUUGGGACGGCACCCUUCGAUCCACGCUUUCCCAAUCAAAAUCAAACACGCUACUGCUACCAGAGCUACCUGGACUACCAUCGAUGCCAGAAGGUGCGUGGGCAGAAGUAUGAGCCAUGCAACUACUUCAAGAAGGUCUAUACAUCCAUGUGCCCCAAUGCAUGGGUGGAAAAGUGGGAUGAUCAGAGGUCUCAGGGAACCUUUCCCGGAAGAAUUUAGACAUCGUAUUUCCCCAAUUGAAGUUGUGUGGCGAGUCAAAGUAGGCAUCAAAUGAUAAAAUUCACGAGAGAGAAAUAAAAUUAUUAAGUAAAUAA